GACAGUGCACAUUGAACAAGUUAAACCUUUUAAUUGUGAUAAAGCUUAAGCUUACUGCUUUGGUUUGUAUUAAAUUUGUAUUUACAUACUGACUGGUGACCCAUAAAAUUAAUUUUUAUACAUAGCAUUUCCUUUACUUCCGUACUGCUAUGAUGUAUUGUACAAAAGAUGCGAGGAGUAUGUACUACGCGGUACGGUAUUAUAUACUGCAGGUACUGUAUGUCAGUACGUAUAAUACGCGGCACGCUCAUCAGCCUCCUGCUUGAAAAGACAGUGGAUGUACCGUAUUGUCGUUAAAGCCGAUGAACUUUCAAGCUGCGUUUCAUGAUCUCACAGUGAACCACAUUAUGCAUAAAACGUUCAAAUUCUUAUAAUUAUUCUAUUUUUAGAGGAGCGUUCAUCCAGUUUGCGGUUAAUCUGUUAUGCUUUGACUGUGAUCCUCUUUGUACAUCUGACCAUUUCUAACCAGUAAAAUGGGUAACGCAAGUAGCACCAAAACAGCAGAAAGCGACAACAUCCCCAACACCGAUGAAUGGCCCACGGUUCCUGCCGUCGACCCGUACGCCAUUCCAAGCGCGCCUGGCCACGAUUCCUCCCCAUCGCCAUCCUUAUCACCGUCGUCCAGUUUUUCCUCAUUGUCCGAUGAACUGCAGGACGAAAACGUCAUCCAGGCUGGCACCAACACGAAAGCCACGAUUAAUCUUGCGGAUGCUGCUCUGUCGGUUGUGAACACCACCGCCUGGAUGAAGGCAGCGGAAUGGAAAGUGGACGGCCACGCCAUCCGUCCGGGUGAUCUGCUGGAGUUUUCCAUGGGCCGUACAUUCCUGCCGCUCAGUCAUUUCGGAGUGUACCUGGGCAAUGGCCUGCUGGUGCACGUCAGCAGUGGCCGCGGUCUGCACUCCCAUCACCACAGCGCCACCGCCCCGGGGACGGCCACCACGCGCUGGACGAAGCACGCGGCCAGCGUCCGUCCGCGUCUGCACGUGAUGCUGGGCCGUACGCUGCUGGAGGAAUCGCCGGAACGUGGGACAACUGACGACGGCCAGCAUUACAUCCGCAUUGACCAUAUCGUUCGCGUGGCGGGUAAGGGGCAGUUCCGCGUCAACAAUCAGACCAAGUUGAAGGAGAAUUAUGAAUUUGAGGAGCGGACACUGCAGGAGAUUUUGGUUUGGUGGCGGAGCAUGCCAAUCGUCCGUUUACGUUCAGCAUUAUGA